CCAAAGCGGCCCCUCGGCCGCGGCCAUGCUGCCCGGGGCCCGAACACUGCGGGCGGCGGGGCUGCUCCGUCCGCCCGGGACCACCCCGCGCACCGGGGCCGCCCGCAGAGCGUGCUGUGGGCCGGGACAGCGGCCGGUGGGGCGCGGCGUCUCGCUGCCUGCGGGACCCGACCUGCGGCAUUUCCUAAGGGCAGCUGCCGCAGGGCAGCCGGAGCCGUCGCCGGAGCUGCGGCCUGAGCCGGGGUCUACCCCCGGGGCCCCAAAAGUGUACCUGGAGACCUAUGGCUGCCAGAUGAAUGUCAAUGACACGGAGAUCGCCUGGGCCAUCCUGCAGAAGAACGGCUAUGCCAGGACAAAGAAGCUGGAUGAGGCAGAUGUGGUUCUUCUUGUCACCUGUUCUGUGAGGGAGAAGGCAGAGCAGGCCAUCUGGAACCGUCUGCAACACCUCAAGGCACUGAAGGCCCGGCGGCCCCAGGCUCGAGCUCCGCUCCGCAUCGGGAUCCUGGGAUGCAUGGCUGAGAGGCUUAAGGAGGAGAUUCUGCACAGGGAGAAGCUGGUUGAUGUCGUGGCAGGCCCUGAUGCCUACCGUGACCUUCCCCGGCUGCUGGCAGUGGCAGAGUCUGGCCAGCAAGCUGCCAAUGUCCUGCUGUCCCUAGAUGAGACUUACGCUGACAUUCUCCCAGUCCAGACUAGUCCAGGUGGCACAACAGCAUUUGUGUCCAUCAUGCGGGGCUGUGACAACAUGUGCAGUUACUGCAUCGUGCCCUUCACCCGAGGCCGGGAGCGGAGCCGCCCCAUCGCCUCCAUCCUGCAGGAAGUGAGGAUGCUCUCGGAUCAGGGAGUGAAAGAAGUGACCCUCUUGGGUCAGAAUGUCAACAGCUUUCGAGACAUGUCUGAGGUGCAGUUUCAGUCAGUGGCUGCCCCAGGCCUCAGCCGUGGCUUUAGCACAGUCUACAAAGCCAAACCAGGAGGUUUGCGCUUCUCACACCUGCUGGACCAGGUCUCUAGGAUUGAUCCAGAAAUGAGGAUCCGUUUCACCUCUCCACACCCCAAGGAUUUUCCUGAUGAGGUCCUGCAGCUCAUCCAGGAGCGACACAACAUCUGCAAACAGCUGCACCUCCCAGCCCAGAGUGGGAGCACACGAGUCCUGGAGGCCAUGCGGCGAGGAUACACCAGAGAAGCAUAUUUAGAGCUUGUGCACCACGUGCGUGACUCUAUUCCAGGAGUAAGCCUGAGCAGUGAUUUCAUCACUGGGUUCUGUGGGGAGACAGAGGAUGAUCACCAGCAGACAGUGUCCUUGCUGCGGGAAGUCCGCUACAACAUCGGCUUUCUGUUUGCCUACAGCAUGAGACAGAAGACCCGGGCCCAUCACCGGCUGCAGGACGAUGUCCCCGCAGAUGUGAAGAAGCGGCGGCUGGAGCAGCUCAUUGCCACAUUCCGGGAGGAGGCUUCGAGAGCCAACGCAGCACUGGUGGGGCAGGUCCAGCUGGUGCUGGUGGAAGGGCCCAGCAAACGCUCUGCCUCGGAGCUGUGCGGGAGGAACGACGGCAACAUCAAGGUGAUCUUCCCCGACGCUGAGCUGGAGGAUGCUGCCAAGUGCAAGGCUCCAAGCAGAGCCCAGCCAGGGGACUAUGUGAUGGUGAAGGUAACCUCUGCCAGCUCGCAGACCCUGCGGGGAGUUCCGCUCUGCCGGACCACCCUAUCCCGUGCUGCUGCUUCUCACUGAGGGAUCCCUGCUGCCCCUGGAUGGAAGCAGUGCAUAAUCUCCAUGAAGAAACAAGGAAGUGUGAUCAUGUGGAGAUAUGGUAGAACCAG